CCCUGAGACAGCAUGUCCAAACAGUGACUUCUUCAGUUCUCAUCAAGACGAUGUCAUGUUUAAUGCUCAUGAAAUUGUCGCAGCAACCGCCUACGAAGAAACGGGGAACCAAUCAAGCAGUACACCGAAUGCAGCUGCGCCAAGUGAAGCUCAUUAUUCUUCAGAAGUUUCUGGCGAACUUAAUGAUCGAGAUUCUCACAUUUUACCGGAAGAUAUGUCACAUGUAUCAAAUGAUAAUCUAGGACCUAUUGUAAUUCUGAUGGAUGCUGAUUAUCAUAAUGAUCCACUAUCUACCAGUGAUGUUCCCACUAAAUUUAAUGACUACAUUUCGGCAGAAUCAAACUCUGACCUCACAUCAAGUGUUGUCAAUCCUCACCAUCCAGUCAGUUCUAGCAGAUUCGCCAUGGAAUGCAGGAAAUUUGUUAUAAAUAGAGUCACAAUAAAUGUAACUUUGGAGUAUGAGGAUCCAACGUUAUUUCGUCGGGGAGGAUAUGUCUGAGAAAUUUAACAUCCGGAUAUCAACUCCGGAUUUUUCAAAAAAAGGGAAUGUGUUAUGUCCCAAUAACAAUAGCGAAUGGUAACUUCUAGAACUAUUUAUGGGCCAAUAUGAUA